AUGUCCCAAGUUCCUCUGCAAGACUUGGGCACAGACCUCUGCUCGGGACGGCUCGCUCCAGUCGAGCCAGGUUCUCUUGUCCUAGUCACUGGUGUUAACGGCUACAUCGCCAGCACCGUUGCUCUGCUCCUCCUCGAGAAAGGGUACAAAGUCAGGGGGACGGUUCGCUCCCUCACGCGUGGUGCAUACGUUCAGAACGAGUUUAAAAAAUUUGGAGACAACUUUGAACUCGUCGAAGUCCCUGAUGUUGCUGCGCCUGCUGCGUUCAAGGAGGCAAUGAACGGCGUCGACGCUGCCAUCCAUACUUCUGCUCCUGUUACGUUUGAUGCGAAAAAACCAGAAGAACAAUACGUGCCGUCCAUUGGUGGCACCAUGAACAUCAUGCGCAGCGCUCAUGAGACGCCUAGCGUGAAGCGAGUCAUGUACUUAGGCUCUUUGGGCUCCGCGGUCAUGACUGGCAUAGAUGCCAGCAAGGAGGUCUUCACUCGCGAGCGCUGGAACAUCAUGACGCAGGAAGCGGUCAAGAACCUUGACGACCCAGCCAUUGGCUUCCACAUCUAUCUUGGUGCUAAGCUCGAGGCAGAGAUAGCAGCUUGGAAUGUCAUUAAGCCUCAAUACGCCUUCACCACUUUCUUGGGUGCAAUCGUCAUUGGCGGCCCAAUCCUCAGAGAAUUCACCAGUCCGCCCCGUCAAGAUCAGGGCUUGGGGCAGCUUUACGAUGUAUUAGCGAACCCUCCUCGCGUCGAUGGAAUUAGCCCUGUUAAGAGCGGUGAGUCAGCACAUGCGAUCGAGAUGGUGUUCGUGCCUGACCUUCUACCGGAAGUCGUCUGGAUCCACGUAUAUGACUUCGCGGAACUCUUCGUGGCGUCUCUGACCUCGGACAAGGCUGUCGGCAAACGUCUCCUCGGCGUUGCUGGCAGGAUGUCCUGGGCUGGGGAUGCCGAGAUUAUUCGCAAGGAGUUCCCUUCCCGCCCCUUCCCGCCUGUCAAGGCAGACGCCCCAACCCUGACCUACCCCGGCUCCGACGUGGCCGAAUUCGACACGGAACUAGAGAAGGAGCUUUUGGGUCACGACUGGCGCCCCCUGGAGGAAGCGGUUUUGAGCACUGCCCGCGAUCUCAUUGCGAAGGAGUCCAAGGGCUGGGAUAAGCCCGCAGCUUGA